AUGGCGGGUCCUCCUCCUACUCCUCCUCCCGCUCUGUCUCCAGAGCCAACAAUUUCUCCAUAUCCUGCUUCUCCAGUUCACUCUCCAGCACGCCAUCACCUGAAAGUAAUCAUCUCCCCCCAGCACCAUCCAAGGUACCUCCACAUCCUCGUCCAUGUCCAUACCGCGGUUCUGGAAUUCCUCCAAGCUCCUCACCAACUUCUCAUCUUAACCCUACUGUUCCUCCUAGUUAUGCACCUAAUGGUUCCCCUUACUCGCCUUCUGCGAGUCCUUAUACGAGUCCCUCAUCUCAAUUCCUCCAAGCUGAAUCGCUGGUUGAGAUUCAGUUCAGGUUUUCCUAAAACAAACAUAACACUUAGUGAGUUUGACGGGAUAGUGUUGGACUACUCACGGCAACGUGCCACGCCUGAAACCUUGGAAAUUGGCAGAGGUGGGGGAAGGAUUGGGUGA